CAAACAAAACACAACAUGUCACAGUGAACCACCCCACGUUUGUUUAGAGAUUGUUUGAUACUCUGACGUUACUGCUUCUGUGUUUUACUUUGAGUUUUAUUCUUCUUCUUCGAAUAAUUGAUACACCGCAUCUGUGAUGGAACCAAAAAAUAUGAACAAUUGCUAUUCGUGGGGAGACGAUGGCGAGUCGUACGUCGAAGAGCAAGAUCGAUCGUUACCCGCUGUUGAAGUAUCUCUGCCCACUGUCCUACAGUCUUCUCAACUCCUCGAUCAGAUGUUGGAUGACGAAGAACUGCCGAGUUUAACGGAGUUAAGCACGAGCGAGCCGGAUUCCAUAUCCUGCACCAAUAGUUCGCCGAGCCGAGAAACAUUUUCCAGAAUGACUGAAUACGACAAGCAAGAUGUGCGGAAUGUUUCCGGUAUUCCGGCGUCAGUUGCCAGCAGCAGCCAAUCACUAAUGCGAACGCCCCAUCGCAAGAAAUUUCUGUCUAGGAGCCACAACUCGCUCGUAUUUCGUCCACCGGAUUAUUCCAAAGUGGAGAGCAAAGUUAGAAAAUACAUCGUCUCCAUGAGAGAGCAACAAAAGCAGCGUCGACAGUACUCUAAAAAUCAGUUUGACCCUGCGCCAGUUCCAGCUUUUGAUAAACUAAUCCCAUCUUCCGAACUGAUGGCACCAGAAGAUGUGACUAAUUUGAAGCAGCAAUUGGCUGAUAAAGGAGCCAUGGUUGAGGUGCUUCAAGAAGACCACGACCGACUAUCAUUGCACAAUGCUCGGCUUUUGAACAUGAUGGAGGAAAUGCGCGCCAAGAUCCGCAUUCUGCAUGCAAACCAGCACCAGAGACAGUCGCAACAAUACACACGUCAUACAAACAGUCCUCCUCACCCGGAAGUUGAUAAAGAUCUUUCAUUGAGUAAUGAAAGUUGUUUGUCAUCCAUUGGGGGUGAUCGCCCCCCAACAGCCACGCAGCUGGGUUUGGCCGAUCAGCAUGAAGCUCUCAGCAUCACGCCAUCCUCUUACCUGGACCUACCCCCUCCAGCCGGACAGUUUAGCAGGAAAAUGGAAGAUGAUGAAACCAGUAGCUGCGGCUCGAGCUGGAAUUCAACCAGACUUCAUCAGCCGCAGCAUGAACAGACGCCGAUUGGAACGCCACCCGCUGGCGUAGACAAAGCAAACGUAACAAAACAGGCCGUGCCCGAAGAGCCGUUGUUGCCAGCAAAUAAUGACAUGCCAAAUUUACUACUGUUAAAGCGGUUACAGGAGAUAACCUUUGCAGCGUUAGAAGUCAGAGACCAAACCCGCACUAUUAUCCACCAAAUAAACCUACUUCAACCUCCUGUGAGUGGAGAAACGUAAAAGCUGUACCUCUAAACUAAGGUAAAUAAUAAUACAAAUACUGAAGUUUAA